UGAGGACACAAUGGUUGGACAUCCUCCCCAAGAUUUUCUUUCUCCUAGACAUGUUCUCUUAUCUGUCACUACAUUUCAGUAUCAUUAAACCCCUUCCACCAUUCAAUUGCCUAUCGCAUUAUGGAGCUCCCCAAUGAACAUUUUGGUGGGCUGGUUCCUCAUUCCUGCUCCCAUUGCGCUCAGAUCAUCAUCAUUGGAUCUGGUUCACACUGUUCAAUCGGGAGGAGAAUGAGCGGUGAAUCUGAAAGCAGAUUCACCUAUGAAGAAGCGGAGCAGGCGAGCCGAGAUGGUUGUUCCCUUUUUAAGGAGCGAUUUGCAUCGCUACAGAAUUUGCAACAAUUCACGUCCUCGCUACCAGCUCAAUUACUUGAGUCUCUUUCGUUGAAGUUCAGCACUGCUCUGGUUGACGGCACAGACUUUAUUUUCUUUGCCUGUGAGUGGGAGAUGGACGAGCAAGCGAUUGUGCCAUACGAGGAUAACGCUGAUAAGUUAUGCGUGCUGGAACUGCAAGGAAACAAAACGGUGGGAUUUAAGCCACCUCGGCCUCUUAAUUCGGAUCCUGGGUCCCAAGAAACAUUCGAAAGGAUUCGAAGCUGGGCGCAACACUGUUGGACGAAGCACCCUCAAUGCGUCGAAGCGAGAAAGAAACGACUGUCUCUCAUAGAGGCAUCUCACUCAAUACCCGCACGACUAGUUGAAGUUGGUCCUAUUGGAGGUGGAAAUGUGGUUCUUCGUGACAUCCUACCAUCCAUCAACCAAGAUACCGAUAUUUCUGAUCAGCACACAUACGCCGCACUCAGCUACUGUUGGGGUGACAAGAACGACAACGUCCGAACACUGAAAGGGAAUCUCGAUGAAUUUCGUCAUGGAAUCACCCUCGCCAAUCUCCCGAAUACGAUCCAAGAGGCUAUUUAUGUAGCACGAGCUAUAGGAUUGCCCUACAUAUGGAUCGAUGCUUUAUGUAUCAUCCAAGACGACGAAGAAGACAAGAAACGAGAACUUCCGAAAAUGGCGGCAAUCUAUGCUGGUGCUAUGGUGGUCCUCUCUGCAGCAGUGGCUGAAUCAUGUCGCCAAGGGUUUCUCCGCCGCCGGAAGAUCUCGGAUCUAUUGAGGACCGUGUACAGACUCCCUUACUAUCCGACUAUGGAGGGAUCGCAGGAAGGAUUCUUCAUCCUCUCUGAGGGGCCGAUCAAUGACGACGAGGUUGUAGAACCUAUUGACAGAAGGGGAUGGACAUUGCAGGAACAUGUCCAAGCGGUUUCACUUCUCCGGUUUGGCUCGAGGCAAGUGAGGUGGACUUGUCCAACAUCUAUGGAGAUUGACGGUGGUAACGACAUUUCAAAGACAUCAGAAGAUCUUGAUUCGGAAGUAUUCGAUGGCAGUUAUCACGAAGGUGUCCUAACUCUGCCAGAGAUUCUCAGCAGUCGGCGAGCAAUGGAAGAUUUCUGUGAUGAAUGGAGGAGGUUUGUCGAGAAAUACACCACCCGAUCAUUGUCGGAACAAAGCGAUUCCCUCCCUGCCAUCGGUGCCAUGGCACAGAACUAUGAUCGAAUCACAAAAGGAAAAAUGGGACGCUACUGCGCGGGCUUAUGGGAGAAAGAUUUAGCACGACAGUUACUUUGGUUUAAGCCAAACCCUUCGAACGGGACAAAAGUUACAAGACUGAAGCCGUCUUGGGCUUGGUCGUCUUUACCCGGCUCGAUACUGUACCCUGCCCUGCACCUUGUGGAGUCCAGCGUGGAAAUCAUCAACUGCAUCUUGGAACGACACGAUCAAAAUUGGUCCUACGGCAGCGUGGCAUCAGGUGCUCUGACCGUCGAUGCACAACUACGGCCCUUAUUUUGGAGAGAUUAUCCGUACAUCAACACCGAAUACGACGCUGCGGACGAUGAGACAUCGCCAACCAUGCAUGUUUACUGGGAUACAGAUAUCCAAUGGGAUCCGGGACAUCUGUUUUGCAUGGAGAUACUUUCGGCUGCAAAUGAGGUUUCGAAGUCCAAGGGCCUUAUCUUACGUCGCCUUACGGAUGGUAAUUUUGAGAGACUGGGUUAUUACGAAUGCCCUGGAUGGCUCGUCACUGAGUUCGACAGCACAGAUACUGGUAUAUCGGACUCUAGAAUCACUAUAGUUUAGAUAUAAUUUGGCUACGAGGUAAUUAGACCACGGAACAGGCUGGGA